AGAUGGUUUUGUGCCUUUAAGACCGCCUGUUCAUUAUGAGAGGGGUUGGUUUCAAAUGACGCCAUACUUUUAUUUUUAUCUCAAUGACCUCAUCCUCUAUGGUUGAAGUUUACUAACCAGCGAAUCUUUUUCUUGAAAUUUGUUUUACUCGUUUUAUUUUGUUUACUUUUUAUGGAAUCAAGUUUACAACAUCUUUAAACUUUAGAAAAAAUUCGGAUAUGCUGGAACGCACUUUCUGACAGCGAUUUCCCUAACGGUAAGGGUUAAUCAGUUCUACUGUAUGGAACGGAGGAGUGAGGUUCAUGAUGAUGUAAUUGUCGGCCAGACCAGGAGAAAAGCCUUCUUUUGUUCUGCUCCUGGAAUGGUGUGAAACAGACUGCACUUCCCCCCUCAACACACACACACACACACAAGCACUCUCGUGCACACUCACAUGCGCGCCCACAUAAAUACAUGCACACGCAUGAACAGAGGCACUAGAAAGAUAGUGGGGGUUUAGGGUUUUAGCAUUUCGGGGCCAGAGGCCUCCUUUUUUCUUCUUUUCUCUCUCUAUUGCUCUCUCCCUCUCUCUCUCUCUCUCUCUCUCCCUCUCUCUCCCUCUCUCCCUCUCCCUGUUUCUCCCUCUCUCCCUCUCUCCCUCUCUGUUUCUGGGCUAUGCUGCCAAGCUCCAUAAGGAUGACAUCAUACUCUGCCGACACAAUGGUUCCGUUCAUCUCCUGAGGGCUGUCGCACUGCUGGGCUGCCACCACCCGCCCGCUUGGAGAGGAGGAAGAGGAGGAAGAGGAGGGGGGGCUGUUGGACAGAUAACAAAGUUGUCGUCAUGUCAGAGUGUCCUGUAGGCACAGGAAUAGGAGCUGGUACUAGACUUGGGUCUGGUACUAGACUUGGGUCUGGUAAUGUAGUUGAAACUGUAAUUGGUUCUGGUACUAGAUUUGGAACUAGUACUGGAGGGACAUUUGCUGAGACUGGACCUGAGGUGGGGAUUAGGGCUCAUAAAGGUUUUGGGCCUGUAUCAGGGUCUGUAUGUGGGACUCGACUCCAUUCAGUGCGUCCCAUUGGGGCGGAGGGGCUGGUGGCAUUGUUGGAGGGGGGUCUGGACAGUGUGUUGUUGAUUGAUAGCCGGCCCUUCGUGGAAUACAACUCCUCCCACAUCCUGGAGGCGGUGAAUGUCAACUGUUCCAAACUGAUGAAGAGGCGACUGCAGCAGGAUAAAGUCCAGAUCAACGAACUGCUGCAGCACUCGGCCAAGAAAAAGUUGGAGCUGACGGAAGGUCAGGAAGUCGUGGUGUAUGACCAGAGUUCAUCAGACCCCAUGACCCUCCCCUCAGAAGCCUUUCUCACCGUCCUAUUGGCCAAGCUGGAGAGGAGCUUCCCCUCUGUUCACCUGCUUUCAGGUGGUUUCACUGAGUUCUCUGAGCUGUUUCCAGGUCUAUGUGAAGGUAAGGCUCUUCUGGCCUCGUCCUGCCUGGUCCCAUCCUGCCUUUCUCAGCCCUGCCUGCCCCUCAACACCUCUGGUCCAACACGCAUCCUGCCACACCUCUACCUGGGCUGCCAGAGAGACGUCCUCAAUAAGGAGCUGAUGCAGCAGAAUGACAUAGCAUACGUUCUGAAUGCCAGUAAUACCUGCCCAAAGCCAGACUACAUACCUGAAUCACAUUUCCUGCGAGUUCCAGUCAAUGACAGCUUCUGUGAGAAGAUCCUACCCUGGUUGGACAGAUCUGUGGAGUUCAUAGAGAAGGCCAAAGCAUCCAAUGCCUGUGUGCUGGUACACUGUCUGGCUGGAAUCUCACGCUCAGCAACCAUUGCCAUUGCCUACAUCAUGAAGAGGAUGGACAUGUCACUAGAUGAGGCUUACAGGUUUGUGAAAGAGAAGCGACCCACCAUCUCCCCCAACUUCAAUUUCCUGGGUCAACUGCUGGACUUUGAGAAGAAGAUCAAGACUCCUGGAGGAGCAGAGAUCAGGGGCGUCAAAACCUCUGCCCUUCUCCACCCUCACCCCCAUCUAGAGCAGACUGGUCAGGUUACCCGGGGGGACGCUAGCAACCCCACCCCAGGGGCCCAGGACCCAACCCUGGCCCUGCUGGAGCCCCUGACCCUGCCGUGUGUCCUGUCCGCUUGGCCCCCGGAGGAGAGGCUACUGGCCCAGGCCCUCCAGGGGCUCCAGUUGGACCAGGGGACGGAGGACAGUGCCCGGCUGAAAAGGUCCUUCUCCCUGGACAUAAAGUCAUAUGGGGAGCCAGGAGGCUGUUCUAGCACCCCCCUCAGGUCGUACCCCCAUCCAGCACCCAACCCCCACACCGGAGACCAGGAGUAUUAUGCUACUUCGUCUGGCUUCAAGGAGCCUCCUAACAUCAGUAAACCCUGUCAAUUCUCCCCCGUGGUGGAGGUGUCUGAGCAGAGCCCUGACAAGGAGCAGGCCGAAGGCCCCACAGACCCUGCUCCUUCUGCUCCUGCUGCUCCUGCUGCAGUCUCUAGUACCACCACCACCUUCAUCAAAAGCACCUCCACUCGUACCUCCAAGCAGCCCAGCCACUCCCAGGCCUGUUCCCAGGAGCUUCACCGCAGCGGCAACAUGGAGGAGACCCCGGCCUCCCUCCACCAGACCCCGGCUUCGCUUCACCAGACCCCGGCCUCCCUCCACCAGACCACCAGCUUCCUGUUCGGCCUGUCCCGUUCCCAGCAGCAUCUUUCCAAGCCCGCCACUAACCUAGGCUCUGCCCUGAAAGGCUGGCACUCUGAUGUCUUAUUGGGUCCUGUCACCGUGUCGUCAGGGGGGUGGUACCUCUCUGAGUCACACCGCUUCUACUCCACUUCUGCCAUCCUAGGGGGCGGGCCCAACAUCCUUGGGGGCGGUGGCUUUGCAGCAUACAGUGUGAGCCAGGGGUUUGAGGAGGUGCGGAGGCGUGGGCGGCAGCGGAGCGGGGACCAUGGCGACUCACGGAGGAGUUGGCAUGAGGAGAGCAACUUUGAGAAGCAGUUGAAGAGGAGGAGCUGCCAAAUGGAGUUUGGAGAUGGGAGAAGAGGAGCGGAGAGUCCGUCCAGAGAGGAGGUGGGGAGGAAAGUGGGGAGUCAGAGCAGCUUCUCCGGCAGCAUGGAGGUCAUAGAGGUUUCCUGAGACACUCAGUAUGGCUGCCUAGACAACCAGUCAGCCUUCAUUGACCUGACUGGAGGGGGUCCUUCUAUGGAGACUCCUCCCAUAGUCCUCACUUCUCCAGCAGGUUCUAGCACAUGCUCAGAUCAGAGCUGUCUUAUGUAAUGGACUUAUUACCCUACUGGAUGGUUGAACCUUGACUGGGGGAGUUGAACUUUGACCUGAGGAGUUGAACUUUGACCUGAGGAGUUGAACUUUGACCUGAGGAGUUGAACCUUGACGGGAUGGUUGAACCUUGACUGGAUGGUUGAACCUUGAACUGAGGAGUUGACCCUUAAACUGCUAUUGCCACGUUAUGUGAUAAUGUGUCCUCACAGAUGGCCUUAAUGUAGGUGGCCUCUGACCUCUGACCUGGAUCCAGAAACAGCUGGGAUUAGGAUGAUGACGAGGUGAACUCUAAGUCUUUGAUUCACUAAGUACUGAGCCAAACUUAGUUACGUUUUGUUUGGAUGAGUGAGUGUUGCUCAUCAUAAACAUUUCUGAAUAUUGAUGAUUGUUGUAGUUGUCUGUCUGAUGUUGGAUACGUAGCACCCCUGUGAUGCCUUACAGAGCCUUUAUUAAACCUAUAUAAAGUGCUAUGAAACUCUACGAAGGCUUUAUGAAGCAUUGUGUUGAACUGGAUUAGAGACAUUUUAUGUGUUUUUCAAUAUGUUUGCUAUGAUGUAACCGUGUCAAAUAUCUGUUUUUCCAGCUAACUGACAUUGAGCAGCGAGGAAAGUUUCUUGAAUAAUCCUGACCCUGUGUAAAGAACCAGUCCUACAGGCAUGUCCAGGUUAGGGGCUCUUACUGAGAAAGAGGCUGGAACUCUUGUUCAAAGACAUUUAAUAGAUUUAAAGCAUUUGUCUCAGAUGACAACCUAUUUUCUAUUUAGUGCACAACCUUUGCACCCAAUUGUCUAUUUAGUGCACUAUUUGGCACCCUAUUGUCUAUUUAGUGCACUACUUUGACACCCUUUUCCCUAUUUAGUGCAGACACACAGGCAGACCGGAAGGCAGACCGGCAAGCAUUCAAGCAUACAGACUGGCAGACAGACAGACAGGCAAAUAGACGGGCUGACAGAAAGUAGAAAAUGUCCUUCUUCCCUAAGAAUCACUGUCCAUCCUCAUCUCAUCUUAAUAUUGCACUAACGUGGUUUGAGAAUUGUUCCAUUUCAAACAUAUAUAUAUUUUUUUUAAAUCAUCACUUUUGGAUCUGUCAAGCGAUCGAUGGAUGGAGGCUAUGUGAAGAAGAGACAAGAGAGAUUCUCUGAGGGUUUAACUCAGGGUCCAAGGGACUGUGUUUGCCUUAAGGUGACGUCAUGUCAAGUGUUAUCAAUUAUCAGUUAUCAUCAGGAAGAGCUUAGUGUUUAUAUCAAUCUGAUUACAUAAUGCUGAUGACAUGUAAUAUGUUACUACGUAACCGUGGCAGUAAACAACAGAGAAGGUACUGGAUGAAAUGUUUUGGAAUGUUGUUCCUCCAAUGCAGAUCUGAGAUCAGAUAACCACCCCAGCUCUGUGCACAUCCUGCCUGUGUUAACAGGAACUUGCUGAUCUAGAGCCAGUUGCCGAUGAAGGAUCUUCUGGGGCUGAUUUGUCAAAAGUUAUCCCUCUGGAUUCUGCUUAUAGUAUAGGAUUGAAAGUAUAGAAAUAUAAUAAAUAGAACAGGAGAUCCCAUUCAAGUGAAUGACUCAUCCAUUUGAUUAAUUCUGUUUCUGUGAAUGUAAUCUUAUCUGCUAAAAUCCAGGUUGAUCAAGAUAGAUUAUUUUGGCACGUUAUUCUAUAUAUCUCUGCUGUCCAAUAUACCUCUUCUAUCCAAUGCGAUUAGAUAGAGAGAUAUAUUACAGAGAGUGGUCAGGAUUCAACCCCAUGCUGCAGCAGUACAUGUGCAUGAGAGGCAGUGCCUUAGAAAACAGGACCAUCCCGGGCCAGCAGAUGCAUAACUUUUGGAAAACUAUGCCUAGCACUCUUAUCCAAUCCAACAAGUGUUGACUGCCAGGUGAGCCAUUGAAGUGGAGCUGCUAAGCAAGUAGUCAGUUUAAAGACAGGGAUUUGCCUGAGUUCAGAGUCAUGUUUGUUUGCACCAAGAAGAAGAAAAACCCCUAAGUUUGUCCAGUAAGAAAAUCCUUUGAAGAAGUUUGGUUUAAUUGUUCCCUGCUGAACCCAUGAUUCACAGGCUAGUUCUGACAGCUUUUGUCUGGUCCCAAUCAGGUCCUCCAAACAAACUCCCCUCUGUCUGGUCCCAAUCAGGUCCUCCAAAUGAAACUUUGUUUGGUCCCAAUCAGAUCCUCCAAACUCCCCUUUGGUUCCAGUCCCAAACUUAUCUCUGCCUGGUCUCAAUCAGGUCUUCCAAUCAAUACUUUGUCUGGUCUCAGUCAGAUCCUCCAAACUCCUCUUUGGUUCCGAUCCACUCCUCCAAACUCAUCUCUUUCUGGUUCCAAUCCGGUCCUCUGGAUUGACAUGUUUUUGUAUGAUUUUAAAUAUAAUUUAAUUGGAUGUCUGUUAUUUUCUAUAGAAGAAGACUGGAGAGGUAGUGUGUUUAAAGAGUUCUCGGGAAGAUGUUAGAUGUAUUUAGGAAGAUCAGAAUAUUGUUCUCACCAGCCGAGAAAGGGUUUGUGUUCAAACUGAUUCCCUAUUCCCUAUGAAGUACACCACAUAUGGUCCAGUUAAGUACUAUAAAGGGAAUAGGUGCCUUGGAGAAAGUAUCAAGGGUUAUGUUAUGAAAGGGUUAUAAUGAAUUGCUAUAACCCAAUGUCCAGAACAUAGAACAUUGGUCACCAUAGAGAUGUGUUUCUAAUUGAGAACAUUUAUAAGGGUUCUAUAAUGGUUCUAAUCUGAACGCAAUCAUUUCAAACGCUACUAUUCAUUAUCCAAUAAAAGCCAUUCAUUAUUGAUCAGGUUGACUGAUCACAAAUUGAUGAGAACAAGAAUGACAAUGUGCUGUUAGAAGAUGGUACUGUGUGUGUGUGUGUGUGUGUGUGUGUGUGUGAGAGAGAGAGAACAAUGAGAAAAUGUUGGUAUGUUUUGGAGUUGGUGUUUAUUUGUUGUUUAAGAAUAAUAGUUAUUUACUUUUGUUAGCUUUACUUUUGACAAUGUGCACAUUUGUAUGAAACAGUUGUCUGAAUUAUGAGCAAUAGAUCUAUGUGGACUGUGGAAUAAAAUCUGAAACGGUACAAAACA